GGCCAGUCGAUGUUUAGAUGAUGCCUUUGCAACUCCUUCAGAGAAUCUUUCUGGUUUGAAUUCAUCUGCAUCGUUCCCCCAAAGCUGAGUAUCGUGAUGAAUGAGCAGUAUGGGCAGAGUUACAUCAACCCCUGCUGGCAGUGACAGGUUUCCGAUCUUUGUCUCUCUGAAGGAAACUAUGAUACAUUAUUCUUCUUUGCGAGGAAGGAGCAAGGCUUUUAAAUACCUGAACCCAGGAAUGUACAAGGUCUGCAUGGCUUCCAUAACCAGCAAAAUCAGUUCUUUCUGAAGCUGAAAGAUCUUCUUCCCUUGUUCAUAGCUGCUACCAAAUGCAGCCCUUGAGAUAGCAUCCAUGGU